CGAGUAGCGACGGUAGUGUAUUUCAAAAUGGUGGCUUGUCAUCAUAUGACAAAACACGUUUUGACUAGGUUAAUUAUUGACAAUUUUGAAAUGGACUCUUUUAGAUAGAGAAGAAAUGUUAAGCUUGGAUCUAAAUUACAAAUGAUAUUGUGUGGACAGAAUUUAACUUAUUUUCCAUAUACAGUACAGACAAUUGGGGUACCAAAAGAAGAGCCAUUGUCAAAACCCGAAGAAAAACAAACAUCACACACAAAACCAAUGUAGAAGAACCGCAUCAUACUUUGAUACUUGAGAACGAAACCUGAUCAGAUCAAUCACACAAGGACAAAGAAGAUAAUCCGUGUACAUUUACUGACUCACACCCCGCCUACUUAAAAGAGUUUAACCUGGCGUGAAAUGAUCGAAAUUGAUACGAAAGACAGAUCUCCGAUAAAGCAUUGCGUCAUCUACAAUUUAUCAACCGAUAUUUUAUGUAAGACGUGAUUUAAAAUAGCGUAAAUUUCAUUCAGUAAUAUUGAAAGGGUAAACGAUUUAGUAGCAGUCAGUGACAUGACCAUAAAAUUUAUUGGUUCAUAAUUUAGAACACACGGUGAGACAGAACUGUAAGUGAUGAAUAUAUAAAGACUGUCAUGUAUUCUAUAUCAAACGAACCGCAUCCAGAAGAAUAUCAUUAAUCACUGUAGUAAACUACGUUAAGACAAUCAUUUACAAAACUUUUAUCUGGAGCAAAAUAUAAAUACAAGCUAGAAAAAAGUUGAGUCGGUAAAAAAAGGAGAAUGGAAUUGUCAUCAUCCCAAACCCCCGCAAUUCCACCUCGGCGUAGCACACAAAGUACAACACCACCGCCGCAACGCUCAGCAACAUCGAUUCCAUCACGACGUCUAAGACAAAGUAGGACUCCCCCGCCGCGUUGUUCCGCACUAAAUACAGCACCAUCCCGACGCACGACACAAAGUAGAACGCCACCGCCGCGAAGUUCUGUGCAGAACAGAACAUCACCUCCAGAAGAUAUAAUACCUCCUCCUGUGCCGGCAAGAUGGGACCUUUGUACCAACCACGUGGGCCACAAAUACACGGCUGUAUGCAUUACAUGUGUGAAGUUUCUGUGUAAUAAAUGUUUAUUGUCCGAAAUCUACUACCAUAAUCAGUGUUCAGUAGUCUACCUCAGUGACAAUAUACAACAAGCUUGUCAUGCUCUGAAAGAAACGGUCUGUGAGAAUAUGGAAAGAGUAAACAAGACGCUGACUAAUUUCCAGACAUGCCUGUGCAAAAAGAGGGACCGUAUGUUUAAAAAGAAAAACGAAACAAUAAGCGAGAUCAAACAUUAUUAUCAUAGACUUAGGAAAUUGAUUCUUUCAAAAUUACAAAGAGAUGAAGAGGAGUUGUUAAAGAUGAUGAAAGGAAAGGUUGAUGAACAAGAUGCAGUCAUUCUUGAUAAAAUACAGCAGUGUUGUGCUACAACUGGCACAUUGCAAGACAAACAUGCCAUUAUUCAGACGCAAGAACAAUUAAUUGAUUCUAGAAGCAAUAUAAGCGGUAUUGAGUGUGUAAAAGAGUUGGUAAAUGCGUCAAAUUAUUUGAAAGAAUGUGAACGCGUGCAGAAAGACGUUGCUGCUGUUAGAGACGCUUUUCUUGUCAUAAGAUUUUUCGUUAAUUCUGAAACUGAACAGAUUAUUUUGAAUAGCAACGUAGCAUGUGUAGAGGUGCUAAAUUCUCAGUCGGAAAAUCGACAGGGGGUUACACUCGAAAGCGAGAGAAUAAACGAAGCAGCUCGUCUUCAAGCCAUUUCUAAUGAAUCUGUCAAUAAUUCACAUGGCGGAUCAAUAGAGAGAAUAAACGAAAAUGAUGAGUUAAGAGUUACGCUUCCACCCCCACAUGAACAAGCAUUAGAUAAUUUAACAGAUCUUCCAAAUAACCGAGAUGACAGCCCCGUAUGUCGUCCUCAUACAGAUCCACCGUCGGAAGAGUCGGGCUCUUUAGCCGAUCACAUCAGCGAUUUGAUAAAUGAAUUUGAUACUAGACUGGUUAACAGGUCUGACGAUACAGAGGAAACUUCAACAGUGAAUGUGCUCACAAAUGAAAUGAUUUUAUCAAAUCUUCUUACAGACACAGCUCCUAUUACAGAGCGAGGAGGUAGCUCAGUUACCGGCACCAGUAAUCAAACCACACCUAACAUUUCUGCCGAUUGUAAUGAAAAUGCGCACAACGAAGUUCAAGAAGGCAGUAGUGAAACAGUAGAUACUGAAACUGUUGAUACACAUCUAGAAGCAUCUGAAAUGGACAGAAGACAAUCUGUUGCUAUAACUGUAAGCAGCGAACCCAAUACAUCGGCUCGAGAAAUUCCUGUUCAAGAUGACGAUCCACCACCUCCUUAUCCAGGACUCACGUCAACCCCAGAACCUCCCGGACCAGAUGAACUGCCACCACCGUACCCAGGAUCUGGUCCGCCACCGCCGUAUUCGCAAAUGCCGGAAGCUCAACAGCCGCCAGGUCGUGGAAGACUACAAGGGGAAUCUGGAAGGGAUUGUAGUAGAAUGUCAAGGCAUUCCAGUGAUUCAGAUUUGCAAUCAAGGCCGCUUGAAAUUGCGGCACCAACUCAGACGAGCACACCUAGACUGUCUCGCCCAAAGGUCUCUAAAGCGUUUUCCGCGAAUGAGGCCAAUGAUAGGAGAGUAUCUGGAAUCUUUGCAUUAACUUCGGUUCGCGGGAAAGCAUUUCUAAUCGUUGAUAGAUGGAAUAAAAAAUUAAAAUAUUUUAGCUCAGAUGGCGCUUCCUUCGGUGGAUUAAUAUUUCGCGAGGAACCGUGGGACAUUACAGACAUGACCGAGGAACUAGUCGCGGUGACGGUUCCUAAAUUAAUGACAUUGUAUAAGAUUAAAGUAACGGACAGCAGUGUUAUAACCACAAGCACUGUUCCAACACCACGGUCAUACGCUUGUGUAGCGUUCAAUAAAGUCUCGCAGUUAUUUGUCUGUGGUCAAGUUCCACAGUUUGGGGAACCAGUUGUGGAUAUAAUUGGAAUAGAUGGCGGACAAAUAAUACAGACUUUCAGAACUGGUUUUAAUAACGAACUUCGGUUUUCUUAUCCGCGAUAUUUGAAAGUAAAUGAAGAAGGUACGGCUAUCGUUUGUGACUGGAAUCUUAAAUGUUUGAUUGUGUUUAAGUUGGAUGGAAGUGUUGUCGGUAGAUACAGAGGGACAGUAGAGUUCCCAUUAAAUGAGCCAACAGGGAUUGCAUACAACCAACUCACGAAAGAAAUAUACGUUAUUGAUGCCAAACACAAUAGUACUCUUGGUGCUAUACACAUUGUUAAUUUGAAUUGUAGAUGCAAAGAAAUAGUUCGAUGGGAUAAUGAAUUCCGGGUUGCGCGCGCAAUUGCUCCACAUGCAAAUGGUUAUGCACUUGGAAACAAAAGUGGAGUGCUAAGUAUUUUCGCAACCAGACAAAGGAGAUAGACUGACCUUAAAAGUACAUUUAUGAUAAACAAAUAAGCUUGUUUUGGAGAAAAACAGAUUUAUGCCAAAAACAAGGGUGCUAAAAGAACAGUUACAAACGGAUUUAAUCACGUUUGAUUGUCGCACAUCGCUAUAGCUAUCAAACUACGGAGACCCACGCAUAUAUUUUCUAAUUAAUGUUAAUCUGAAAGCGGCACAUGAUAAGUGCAGUACAUUAGUACUUACAACAUAUUUCAUUUUUGACUAAGUUACCUUCAAAAUGUUGAAAUAUAGUUUACUCUUCCAAAAUACCUCUUACUGCCAAACUGUAGAUCUAAUCAUGUUACGAAUCUGCAGGGACUAUAUCUUCCGGAUAGACCCUCGUCUCAUAUUAAUAUUCAAUAAAGAAAUUGUCAAGAUAGUUUUCAUAUCUCCAUACUUCAAUGUGCCGUUGUUCAAAGAACACAUAAAUUUUAGUAAAAUAUAUUUAGCUAUUCCGCGAGCGGUAAACUUUACAAAUUUUGUUGUGAUAGAGAUAACUCUUCCUUCAACAUGACCACGUAAAUAAUAGAAAGUAUUUCCAUUGCGGAUUGUUUUUUUCUUUUGUUGUUGUUGUUGUUGUUUUUAUUAUUAUUAUUAUUAUUUUAUAGCAAAAAACACGUUUUUUUCUAGCGUUAUACACUAUUUCACAUGUAAAUGACGUAGGUCAUCAGUGACGCCACAGCUAGAAACGCUAAUAACGUUAUUUCCACCAUGACGUUAAAAUACUUCCUUGUAGAUGUAUCAGCAUGAUUUAUCCAUCUAAAUAUUUAAUUGCAGAAAACCAUAGCCCAUUGAGAGAAAUUUACAACAUUCCUAACUUUAAUCUGCACAUUUUGAUAGAGAGAAAAAAUGAAAAUAUGAAAUACUACCAGGUCUAGCUUCUUUUUGCACAAAGCCCUUAAUAUAUCCUUAAUAUACACGCGCGUUCAACAACUUGAACAAGUAAUUUACAGUUUUGAGAUGGCCCCUCAGAUUUGACCGAAGUACAGAGUACUUCCUAGUCCGUUUCCGUGAUAAAGGUCUAAUAAGAGUACUUAUGUAGCAACAACACAAGAAACUAUUUGUAUCAGUAAACAGAAUUUCUCUUGUCUAAUCUGUUGCGGAUUUUUUGUCAGGAAUGACCCGCAAAAUGACGAUCAUGGAAGAUAAUCUGUGUUAUAUGAAACGCAUCUUUACCUUAAUUAUAGCAGAAUAAAUUCUAGCUACAUGUAUGUAAAUCGGAUCAAACUGACAAUGAGUAUUGCGAAUAUAUAUUUGAUGUAUAUAUAGUUUGUACUUAUUUGCAAAGAAAAUAUAAUAAACAUGUAUAUCUUAAAGUUACUGUGAUUGAAUAAAUAAAUUAUCAUGUUAUAGUUUUAAAA